CGAGAGAGUCUCCAAGCGUCGCAAGGUGAUUCGAAUUCCUGUGACCGUUGGGCGUUUAGCGAUGAUUGUGUCGUUGGUCCCCAGUACAGAUACGCUGGCGAUCUACCCUCAGAUAUGAUCGUGACCGGGGUUCUCCCAAGUCGCCAAGAAUCGAGUCUUCCUCGAAAAGUCAUGGUAGGGUUGCUUUCGAAUCCUCCUACGUUCCUGAAUUCAGGGUCCUUUGACUUCAACCCAUUGGUAUAUUUCCGUGUUAGUUCAAAAUGUGUUGGAAGAAGAAUUUUACAGAUGAAUGAAGUGAGAGCUGAGCUGUUGUUUGCACUAUUCUUUUUUGUUGUUUUCCUUUCCUCAAGCAGUCGAUCAUGGACGAGAUACUGAAUAUCCCCCCUGAGAUUGCAAUCACGAAGUAGUUC